CGCAACACAACCACCGACAACCACGAGCUCUCUUCUCUCCAUCUACAUCAACACAGAUCAGGUGAAAUGAUGCGUGGUGCUGGCGGAGCACUGGCCUUGGCCGUCGCCGCGUUGUUGGUCUGCUGCAGUGCAGAUCCCCAUCAGGAGCAGGAUGUAAGUGGUAACGACCACUCCGCUGAGCGCUACGAUGCCGCCGAUAAUAAACAGAGGGAACUCGAAGAUUUUCUCCGAUUCCUGGUACACUAUGAAAAUAAGUACGAAGACCGCAACCUGAACGGCAUCGGUGGAAACUCUCUGCUCGGAAGGAACACUAACGGACUCGGUGGAAGCUCCCUAUUGGGCAGGAACCUUGGGAACCUCGGAGGCAGUUCUCUGGUGGGCAGAGAGUUACACUACGGCGCUGCAGGAAGGAACACUCAUGGCUUGGGUGGUUCCUCCCUCGCUGGUAGAGACAUUGAAGGAGAAAAAAGGAUGUACUCCAGAUUCGUCGACUCACUUGGAGGUGGUAACUUUGUUCGUAACCUGGAUUCUAUUGGGGGAGGGAAUUUUGUGAGGAACCUCGACUCCAUCGGAGGCAGCAACUUCGUGAAGAAAAACCUUGACCAGCUCGGCGGGCCGAACCUUGUCAAGAAGAACCUGGACUCAUUGGGCGGAGGCAACUUCGUCCGGAACCUCGACUCUAUCGGCGGUGGCAACUUCGUGCGUGAACUGGACUCCAUAGGCGGCUCCAACUUCGUUUAAAUAUUUCAUUCCAUCUCUCUGAUCAUUUUACCUUGGUAAUAUUUUCUCAUACAACGUAUACAUUGUGAUAUCCC